AAACCAUCUUGUUACAUUCUUCCCCUGCAACUACCGGCUAUUUGCUCAGCUGACUGUUGAUUCGAACCACUGGCCAUCAAUGCGCUUCUCGCUUGUGUCAGCGAUCCUUUGCCACACUCCAAUAACAGCAUAGGUGCGCCCUGGUCCUUGAUCAGCGGAUGACUGAUGCAAGAAUUAUCUCAACUUGGUGUGCUUGUUCACUUGACCGCCGCGAUCCGCUCUCCCGGCGCUGUGAAAAUGUGACAAGGUGUUGUACAUAGAUAGUCGGUAAGUGAGUAAUCAUCGCAAGCAGGGACGACGUCGACGAGGUGGGGUAAUCGAGGUAAUCUCUACCACCCACCAUCGCAUCUUCUCGAGUCCAAACCUAAUGAUAUGAGGAUCCUCACUUGGCCAUACCACGGUAUAUCAUGUCCAUGACUGGGAGGCACACAUGAUAUGUCACUGUCCGAUUAGCUCGGCGCAGUAUCACCACAAGAGACCUGGUCCAGGGCUUAGCACAAGAGAUAAUACCACUCAUUUUUGCGAACUUGAUACACGAGCACAGACGAGGUGACGAGACACUAAACAUGAAGAAAGUCUUCAGAUAUUUGCAGGAUCAAGCCGUCCAAGCCUCACAACAGAAAUAUUCAGGCGCCGCAUAUCUCUCGUCAUCGAGCAAGGAGCCGCAACAACGGAUACGCCAUAAUGCCAGCUCCUCGCAAUACCAGGAAGCCCAUACAACUCAUCAUCACUCCCGAUCCGAACAUCCCAGCACCGCGGCACACAGCUUUCCCGCACACACGACUGCCGGGAUACCGAGAUCUGAUCAUGAACAAGAACAAGAACAAGAACAAGAACAACGAGACCCAGAGGACCUUCCUUCGCCGAGUCCCAGGAUCUCGGACGACCUGGCAAGGAAUGUCACUCGCCAUCAGUACGGACAGGACAACAUCUUACAAUCCUACGACCUCUACAUCCCGGAACCCAAGACCGAGGCUGAGGCUGACGCCGACGCCGACGCCGACGCCGAAUCGUCGCCCGGGUAUUGGAUCUUGUACAUCCACGGCGGCUACUUUCGCGACCGCAGCGUGACGUCUUCAUCUUUCCUCCCGGCGCUGUCAAGGAUCGUGGCUUCUGACGGCCAUGAGAAAAGCCGUGUUCACCGUCUGGGGCAUCCACAUUUCCAUCUUAACAGGAACCACCACACCACUACUCGAAGCACCGACACCAACACCAACGAGAAAGAAGGUGUCGACGAUAUCUCGGCAUCCAUCUCCGGGUACGCCUCGAUAAACUACCGGCUCUCACCGCACCCAAAGUCGCCACAGGACGCGCGCACCACACCGGCCUACGAGCUGCGCAACGCCAAGUGGCCCGACCACAUGCACGACGUGCUCGCGGGCAUCGCGCAUCUGCAGCAAAAACACGCCUUCGGAGAGCGGUACCUGCUCGUCGGCCACAGCGUUGGCGCGACCAUGGCGUUGCUGAGCACGCUUGCCAGCGCGAGGUCGUUCACCACCGCCAGCACCAAGAACAACGGAACGCAGCAGCGGCAGCCUGAGUUUGAGUCACCGCAGUUGCUGCCGUGCAUAGAGCCGCCGCUAGCCGUCCUGGGCGUCAGCGGCAUCUACGACUUCCCGGCCCUGCAUGACAGUUUCCCGUCGUACGUCGACUUGACGAGGAACGCCAUGGACGCGGAUGACGAUGACCUGGCGAGUCCGGCGCGCUACACGGCCGAGGAGUACACACAGAUCUGGGUCGGUGCCAACGGUUUCGGGCUUGAUGAUGAUGAUGAUGAUGAUGACGAGGCGGUGGUGGUGAAGAAGGAAAAGAAGAAAACAAAAAAGAGGGCCGUUGUGCUGGCGCAUUCGAGGGAUGAUGGCCUUGUGGAUUGGAGGCAGGUCGAGGUCAUGAAGGGUGUUUUCUGUGGUGGUAAUGGUGGUGAUGGUGCUGGCCGGCAGGUGCAGGUGCAGGCAGAAGAAGGCCAGGGCGAGGGUCGGAUCGACGUGAAACUCGUCGAGAUCCACGGCGCGCAUAAUCGGAUUUGGGAGGACGGGACCGAGUUGGCCAGGGCCAUUGGAGUGGCUGUGAGGGUUAUGAGGACGCUUACAUAGUAGGUUGACAGACUGUGUCACACCUGCGAAGCAGUCAAAAGAUAUUAUACUACGUUAGUGUACUCCAUAUAUCAUCUGGGG